UCUCCGUUCAAACGGUUAAAUCGAUUGUACUCCUGUUCCUACCCACACAUCUCGACAAAACACAAUCACAAUGAAGCACCUCGCAGCUUACCUCCUUCUCGGCCUCGGUGGCAACACCUCCCCCUCCGCCAAGGACAUCAAGGCCGUUCUUGAGUCUGUCGGUGUCGACGCUGACGAUGAGCGUCUCGAGAAGCUCCUCUCCGAGCUCGAGGGCAAGGACAUCAGCGAGUUGAUCUCUGAGGGUUCUUCCAAGCUCGCCUCCGUUCCCUCUGGUGGUGCCGGUGCCGCUGCUGGCGGUGCUGCCCCCGCUGCCGGUGGUGCUGCUGAGGAGACCAAGGCUGAGGAGAAGGAAGAGGAGAAGGAGGAGUCCGAUGACGACAUGGGCUUCGGUCUUUUCGACUAAGCGCAUCGCCAAAUCCUGUCCGUCAAUGAAAAUGAUCACGCCAAUUCUGUCUUCAUGAGAUCCACGUGGAAUGGGAACGAGCAUUUGGGUAGUGUUGAGCGCGCUAUUAAAAGACUCAACGAGGCUGCUAGGUAUCUGCUUGCGCCCGCUAUCAUAUAGACCUUGAAUCAAAGUCAUGCACUCCCAAUUUCUGUCC